AUGUCCGCCUUGCCUAUCGCCAGCAAUCUACCGCAGAAUGAAUCUCAACCUCAAGCAACAAGUUCGAUCUCGCUAUCCGAGGUUGAUCUCGAAGAACUGAGCAAAUUACCCAUCGAUUCCCUGGACACGAUUCGCUCAAAAUUGGUUCAAUUGAUUGACGCCAUUACGGGCUUUAGAUCCCAACUAGAAACAUCGCCCCUUGCACCCAAUUCGUUAUCCUACCCUACUCUGAUCUCGAAGUUUCUCAUUUUACUAAAUCAUACCGAAGCCUUAUCACAAGCCUUGAAUACCCCAGUCCCCUCUCAACCGGUCGAUCGGUUCGAACUUCCCUCUGUCAGAGCAGACCGCGAAGAGCGUGAAAAAUGGGAACAUGGGCCCGCAAAGCAGAGCGUCCUGGGCAAUCUGGCAGCCGUACCUCGUGGAUUAGAAGGGCUCGAAGAUGGUAAAGACUGGAUUGUUGGAGUCCUCACUCGGACCAAAUUGGCUCCUGAAAUCGAGAAAGACGAACAGGAUCUUUUAUCAUCACUUCCUCCGCCGCCGACAACUGAUCCGAUUCCAACGGUCGGAUCGCUCUUAGAACACGUCAAGGGGCUGACCAAAGCACACGAAAAGCACAUCGCCAAUUGUCGGACGGCUCUUCAUAAAGCUCGAUACGGGCGUGCGGCGGACCCGAUGGAUCUCGAUACCUCAUCCGACAACGGGAAUGCUGACGAAGGGGAUGCCAAAUACGAGUGGAAGAUGCGAGUUGAAGUUGACGAUCAAUUGAAAGGUGCCAAUCCGGCUGUCCCACUGCAAAUCUCGCCCUCGCAAAACCCCGUCUUGAGGAAUCUGCUGGGAUUCAUGCGUGAUGGCAGGAAACCGACAUAUCCUUCUGCACAGGCAUCUCAAUAA